AUGAAAGACAUCAAUAUCAAAAUAGGUACGCUCAACUGUCGAGGUCUACCCAAGACAAACGAGCCUGAUAACAGUAAACAUUUUAUUCGCUUUCUUCGAUCUCAAGCACUUGAUAUUUUAGCCUUACAGGAAACUCAUGCCGAGGACCCUGAUAUUCAAUCUCGCUUCAAC